AUGAGAUACAUGUUCAACAAUGCAGGCCAGUUUAACCGGAACAUUGGUGGUUGGGAUACCUCCAAUGUGGAAUCUUUUGAGGGCAUGUUCUUUGGUGCAGCUCAAUUUGACCAAAAUAUUGGGGGUUGGAACACUGCAAAGGUGUCAAAUCUUGCAGCCAUGUUCCAAGGAGCAACAUCGUUCAAUCAAGCUUUGCAAAAUUGGGAUAUUGGUCAAGUCUCUACACUUGGAAGUACUUUCUAUCAAGCGACUUCCUUUAAUGGGGACAUUGCUCUGUGGGAUACUAGAAAGGUCUCAACGUUGCAAAAUACCUUCUUUGGUGCUCAGACAUUCAACUCAAACAUUGCUUCCUGGGACACAGUCCUUGUCACAAGUUUGGACAGUACUUUCUAUGGUGCCAGUGCCUUCAACAUUGACAUUAAUGGCUGGAAUACUGCUGAAGUGCUCAGUAUGAGCCAAACUUUUCGAGCUGCCGCAGCCUUCAACCGAGGGCUCAAUGGAUGGAACACAGCAAAAGUGACUGCCAUUAAUGGCAUGUUUCAACAGGCCACUGGCUUUGGUCAAGACCUGAACAACUGGGACACAGGAAACAUUCUUCUAAUGUGGAACACAUUUGGUGGAGCCUCAUCUUUUAACGGAGAUAUUUCCAGCUGGGAUGUCUCAAAGGUCACCACAUUCUGGAAUAUGUUCAACUGGGCCACAGCCUUCAAUUCUGACAUCUCUGGUUGGGAUACAUCGAGUGCUGAACACAUUGGUGAUAUGUUUCAUGACGCAUCAAGUUUCAACAUCAAUAUUGGUAGCUGGGAUGUCUCGCGCAUUGGAUCACUUGCUAACACCUUUGCAAACGCAUAUGCCUUCAACCAGCCAAUGGGAGGCUGGGAUGUCAGUGGAGUAACAACAUUUCACAGAGCGUUCUUUCAAGCCAGUGCCUUCAACCAGAAUCUUUGUGCUUGGAAUGAUCACAUCAGCCCUACUGCAGACAUGGGGAGUUCUACAUUUUUUGGUACUAGCUGUGAGUCAAAGGAGACACCACAACUCUAUGGAUCAUAUUGGGGUCCGUUGUGUUCGAUGAGUUGUGUGCCCAGUUAUGCUCCAAGCAUGGUUCCAAGUGGUACCCCCAGUUCUAGACCAAGCUCCGUCCCAAGUUUUUCUCCCAGUUCUGUUCCUAGUGCUAGCCCUGUCCCUAGUUUAGCACCAAGCCAAUCUCCUAGUUUUGCCAUUGAUGACAGAGAUGAGCUGUUGGCAGAAAUAACUACUUGGAUCAGCACAGGCUCAUCUCAAUAUGGCAACAUCUCAACAUGGGAUGUUUCCAGGGUGACUGACUUUACAAGGCUUUUUCAGCACCAAGCAUCAUUUAACGAUGACAUUGGAAGCUGGGAGACUGGCCAAGUCAUUAAAAUGGAAAGCACCUUCAGGGAAGCUCAUGCUUUCAACCAAGACCUGAACUCAUGGAACACAGAGCGGGUGACUGAAAUGAGCAGCAUGUUUUUUGGUGCAAGGGCUUUUGCAGGAGAUGUAUCAAGCUGGGAUACUUCAAAAAUCUUAAGCAUGUACAACAUGUUUCGGGACGCCUAUGCCUUCAACUCAGAUAUCAGUGGCUGGGACGUGUCAAGAGUCCAGUCCCUCCUGCGAGCGUUUUAUAAUGCUCAGGCAUUCAAUGUCAAUAUCGGGGGUUGGGACACUGGCAACGUGGUUUCAAUGAAGGAAACGUUUCAAUUUGCAUCCAGCUUUGACCAGCCAAUUGGAGGAUGGGCAACAACAAAGGUGACAGACAUGACCAACACAUUCCGACAUUGUCCCUCUUUUGAUCAAGACCUGGGCAACUGGGAUACCGCAAAUGUUGAAACAUUUGAAGGCAUGUUCAGUUUGGCGAACUCAUUCAAUCACAAUAUCGGUGGAUGGAAGACAUCAUCAGCAACAAAUCUGGAAAACACCUUCAAUGGGGCUGCAUCCUUUAACGCUGACAUCAGUGGCUGGGACACAUCGAAAGUAGCAACUCUAAAGCAGACCUUUCAAGGAGCAUCAGCCUUUAACCUGCCCCUCGAUGCAUGGGAUGUGGGCCAGGUUGUAUCAUUUGACAGCACGUUUCAAAAUGCUCUGAACUUCAAUCAAAACCUCUGUGAUUGGAGUGUCCAUAUCAAGGUGACUGACUUUACAAGGCUUUUUCAGCACCAAGCAUCAUUUAACGAUGACAUUGGAAGCUGGGAGACUGGCCAAGUCAUUAAAAUGGAAAGCACCUUCAGGGAAGCUCAUGCUUUCAACCAAGACCUGAACUCAUGGAACACAGAGCGGGUGACUGAAAUGAGCAGCAUGUUUUUUGGUGCAAGGGCUUUUGCAGGAGAUGUAUCAAGCUGGGAAACUUCAAAAAUCUUAAGCAUGUACAACAUGUUUCGGGACGCCUAUGCCUUCAACUCAGAUAUCAGUGGCUGGGACGUGUCAAGAGUCCAGUCCCUCCUGAGAGCGUUUUAUAAUGCUCAGGCAUUCAAUGUCAAUAUCGGGGGUUGGGACACUGGCAACGUGGUUUCAAUGAAGGAAACGUUUCAAUUUGCAUCCAGCUUUGACCAGCCAAUUGGAGGAUGGGCAACAACAAAGGUGACAGACAUGACAAACACAUUCCGACAUUGUCCCUCUUUUGAUCAAGACCUGGGCAACUGGGAUACCGCAAAUGUUGAAACAUUUGAAGGCAUGUUCAGUUUGGCGAACUCAUUCAAUCACAAUAUCGGUGGAUGGAAGACAUCAUCAGCAACAAAUCUGGAAAACACCUUCAAUGGGGCUGCUCCUUUAACCUGA